CAAAAUCUCCUCUUGCCGGAACUUCUCUGAGCGUCUCCACUUCACAGCCACCAUGGAUCUCUUGCAGCUUGUGGGGUGCUGCACAGUGACCGAGGACUCGGCUGAGGGGGCAGCCAGACGAUAAAUUUCAGGAGAGGUCUUUCCUGCUGCAACAGGGCCCGAGGAGACACCCCGCCUCACGCACCAUGGAAGUUGCUACAAAGAAGCGUGUCCUGAGCUCUGCUUGUUUUCUGAUGCAUUGUCUGGCCUGCCUGGGGAGCUCUGAGAAAGGCAACUCCUCCCCCUUGCAUUUUACCCACCCCUUUUAUAACACCACAAUCUAUGAGAAUUCUGCCCCCAAGACCUACGUCGAGAGCUACGUCAAAAUGGGCAUUUACGUGAGGGACCCAGAGUGGGCCGUCAAAUACAGAAUAGCUUCCGGGGACAGCGACAGUCUCUUUAAAACCGAGGAGCACACGGUUGGGGAUUUCUGCUUCUUGAGGAUCAGAAUGAGGAGCGGGAACACGGCGCUUUUAAACAGGGAGGUCAAAGACAAUUACAUGUUGAUCGUUCAAGCCACGGAGAAAGCCUUUGCCUACGAAGCGUGGGCCAAAGUGCUGAUCCACGUUCUGGACAGGAAUGACUUGAAGCCUCUCUUUUCACCCCCCUCGUACAAAGUCACCAUCAGAGAAGACACACCUCCGAAAACUGCCAUCAGUGUGCUCAGUGCCACGGAUGCUGACCUGGGUCAGAAUGCCGAGUUCUAUUACGCCCUCCACACUCGCUCACACUUGUUCACGGUGCACCCCACCAGCGGAGUAGUGAUGACGGCUGGGAGGCUGAAUGGUACAUACCGAGGGAAACAUCAGCUGCAGGUCCUGGCUGUAGACCGAAUGCGGAAAAUCUCCGAGGGCAAUGGAUUCGGAAACCUAGCUAGUCUGGUGGUCCAAGUGGAGCCAUCUGCCGGGAAGCCCCCAGCUAUUACCUCAGUGAUAGUGACACCAGCUGACUCUGCCGAGGACCUCCUCUAUGCAACAUUGCUUGUGGAAGCUAGUGGUUCAGAACCCGAGUCCGUUGAUAUUGUGGCCGGAGAUCCAGGAAGGCAUUUCAAAGCCAUGAAAUCCUUUGUUGGGAGCAAUGAGUUCAUGAUUGUGUCAACCAAAGAGAUCAACUGGUUGGCUAACCCCUCUGGUUUCAAUCUAAGUCUGCAGGCCAAGGACAAGAGCAAACCACCUCUGUGCUCACAGAUUAGAGUUAUCCACAUACCUCCUUCCAAGUACGUCUCUGCCAGAUUUCAGCGGGAAGUGUACAGAGUCCAGCUCAGUGAAUUUUCCCCACCUGGGAGCCAAGUUGCUAUGGCUAAAAUCACUCCAGUCUUUCCAAAACUGAAGUAUAUUUUGAGACCUACCCCCGACAGCACAGGGUUUAAAAUCAACCCUCAAACCGGGCUCAUAACUACAGUCAGAACGAUGGACUUCCAAGCCCAGUCUCACUUUGAGCUUGAAGUUACAACAGCCAACAGUCAGGCCUACGCCACUGUUGCCAUUGAUAUCAUUGAUUGCAACAACCAUGCUCCAACUUUUACUCAGUCUUCCUACCAUGGCACCUUUGAUGAAAACGUCCCGCCUGGCACCAGUGUUUUAACAGUGCAGGCUACAGACCAUGACCAUGGGGAGAAUGCCUUUGUCACCUACAGCAUAGCCAACAAGAAAGCAGUUCCAUUUGUCAUUGACCGAUACUCAGGCAUCAUCUCCACCUCCAAGCCAAUGGACUAUGAACUGAUGCAGAGAUGGUACCAUCUGCGUGUGUGGGCAUCAGACUGGGGAUCCCCCUUCCGCCAUGAGACCGAGGUUUACGUUUCCCUCAUUCUGAACAACCUGAAUGACAAUGCCCCAGUGUUCGAGAAGGCAAACUGCAAUGGAAGCAUCCCACGGGACUUCUCUAUUGGGCACCCCGUGGUCACAGUAUCUGCCAUUGAUGUAGAUGACCUGCAGCACGUAAGAUACCAAAUCACGUCUGGCAAUGAGCUGCAGCAUUUUGACCUGAAUCCCAUCUCUGGAGUCAUUUCCCUUAGAACCUCUCUCAGAGAUCUGCCUGCUGGGCAGUCACCCCUCUAUUCUCUGAAAAUAACUGCAACAGAUGGAGAGAACUACGCUUCACCUACAUUUGUUAACAUCACUGUGGUCAGCGCAGGCUUCCCAGUCCGCAUGCAGUGCGAGGAGACGGGGGUGCUGCAGCAGCUGACGGAGAAUAUAAUCCACUCCAUCGAGUCUCUGUCUCAGGACCAAGGCUUGGAGGAGGAAACAUCUGUGAACCUGUAUCAUGUGAAUCAUCAUGCACCUCAGUUUGAUGACAACUUUCCAAGGUCUAUCGAUAUCAUGGAGACUGCCCCAGUCAACUCAACCAUUGUUGACCUUGCAGCUGUUGACCCCGACACUGGCUUUAAUGGCAAACUGGUCUAUGUGAUCGCUGAUGGAAAUGAAGACAGUUGCUUUACAAUUGACAUAGAAAUGGGUCUCCUCCAAGUUCUCUCCCCUUUAGACCAUGAACGAACCAGCUUCUACAUCCUUAACAUUACUGUGUAUGACCUUGGCACUCCUCAGAGGUCAUCAUGGAAACUCUUGGCUGUGAAUGUGUUGGAUGCCAACGACAAUGCUCCUAAAUUCCCACCAGGUGCAUAUGGGGUGGUGAUACCAGAAGAUGUAACAACAGGGACAACUGUAGCACAGGUGAAAGCAGAAGAUGCUGACACAGAUGACAAUGGGAAGGUAAAAUAUUCCCUCCUAGCCCCCACUGAUAAAUUUGUCAUUAACAGUAUCACCGGGGAGGUGAUAGUGACUGGCCCCUUGGACAGAGAAUUGUGGCCUCGCUAUGUGCUAAAAAUAGAAGCCAGGGACCAGCCUAGAACGGGCCACCAGCUGUUUUCGGUCACUGAUCUGGUUGUGACUUUGGAAGAUGUAAAUGACAACUCCCCUCACUGCAUCCCAGCCCUGAACCAUGUGAAGGUCCCUGAGGACCUGCCCCUGGGGACCAUUCUGCUCUUCCUGGAAGCCUUUGAUCCUGAUGCUGGCUCUGGGGGAGAGGUAAAAUAUAGUCUUAUCAACAACGAGGAGAGGACAUUCCACAUGGAGAGGUUGACGGGGGCUCUCCGGGUGGAGAAAGAGCUGGACUAUGAGACGAGGAACUUUUACAAUCUGACCAUACAAGUCAGCGAUGGCGGGAGGCCCAUCUCUCGCUCUUCAUUCUGCCACGUGGCAGUUGAUGUCCUUGACGUCAACGAGAACCUACACCCUCCUCGCUUUGCCUCCUUUGUGUUCAGCGGCGGGGUGCAGGAGAACAGCCCCGAGGGCACGUCGGUGAUGACGGUAACAGCUCAGGAUGGCGAUAAGGGGAAGGAUGGAGAACUCCAAUAUUUCAUCCGAGAGGGCACUGGCCUGGCCGUCUUCCGCAUUGAAGAAGACACAGGUACAAUUCAGACCAUGGGACCACUGGACCGAGAAUCUACAUCUCACUAUUGGCUGACAGUGUUAGCUGUUGACCGAGGUUCCGUUCCUCUGUCCUCUGUGACCGAAGUUUAUAUUGAAGUCACCGAUCUCAAUGACAACCCGCCCCAGAUGUCGAGACCAGUCUUUUACGCCUCCGUCAUGGAGAACUCCCCAGUGAAUACCUCUGUCCUUCAGCUUGAUUCCAGGGACCCAGACUGCAGCUCCGCAGGGAAGCUGACUUUCCACAUCGUAAAUGGAAACCCUCAAGGGUUCUUCACCAUUGACCCUGUCACAGGUCUGAUUUCCACCACUUCUCGGCAGCUGGAUCGAGAACACAAGGCUGAACAUAUCCUAGAGGUUGCUGUUUCAGACAACGGAGAUCCAACCCUGAAGUCCACCGCCAGAGUCGUGAUCCAGGUCCUGGAUGCCAAUGACAAUCCUCCCAGCUUCCCCCACAAACUCUUCAUGGUUCAGCUCCAAGAGAGAGCUGCUUCCGAGGCUCCACUGCCGGUCUGCAGGCUGAUUGCCUCAGACCGUGACGUGGGGCAGAAUGGACAGGUCACCUAUAGCAUGGAGGAGUAUGAUGAGGGGAUAUUCACCAUCAACCCUGCAACAGGCAUGGUGCUUUCCAGAAAGGCUUUCCCUGCCUCGGAAUACAACAUACUAACGGUCAAGGCGACAGACGGGGGCAACCCCCCACUUUCCUCCAGCGUGCGGCUUCACAUCAGUUGGGUCUCUAGCCCAGGCCCUUCCUCAGAGCCGCUAGCUUUCGACGAGCCCCAUUUUAACUUUGCUGUGAUGGAAACGGACCCCGUGAACCACAUGGUGGGCGUGAUCAGCGUCGAGAUCGGACCCAGCCAGCUCUGGUUUAACAUCACAGGUGGUGAUGACGACAUGGACUUUGAUAUUGAAAAGAGCACAGGCGGCCUGGUCAUUGCGAGAGCCCUAGAUGCAGAGAAGAAGCCAAGCUAUAACCUUACAGUAGAAGUCACUGAUGGGUCGAGUUUCAUCAGGACCCAGGCCUACAUCCAUGUGAUUGACAUUAACCAGCACCGCCCCCAGUUCCGGGAGAGCCAUUAUGAGCUGACAAUUCCGGAGGACACGCCCCCUGGGACAGAAAUCCUUCGGGUCAGUGCAACAGAUGAGGACAAAGGGAAGGGUUUGAUCUACACCCUCCAUGGCAGCGUGGAUCCCAGAAGCGCGCGGCUUUUCCAGUUGGAUCCGAGCAGCGGCGCCAUCGUGACUGCAGAGGGGCUCAGUUCUCAAUCCGUGCUGCAGCACAUCUUAACAGUGAUGGUGAGGGACCAGGAAGUCCCCAUCAAACGGAACUUUGCCAGGGUAGUCAUCCACGUGGAGAACUGCAACAUUCACCCUCCCCAGUUCGCCAGCAUCCACUACGAAGCAGAGGCACUGGACUCAGCGGCAGUAGGCACAGAGGUUGUACAAGUCACAGCCCUGGAUCAGGACCAAGGAGCUAAUGCUGAAAUCCGCUACUCUCUUCAGGCAGGUAACAGCGAAGGGUUCUUCAGCAUUGACUCGCUGUCUGGAAUUAUUACAGUUGCCCAGAAACUUGAUCAGUCCAAGCAAGAGCGGUUAACGCUCAUUGUAAAGGCAGAAGAUCAAGGGUUCCCCCAACUUAAGGACUCCACUGCUGUCCACAUUCACAUUAAACCCUCCGACAGCACCCCUCCUAGAUUUCCAGAGGUGGAAUACAUCGCAGAGAUCAGCGAAUCUAUUGCUGCUGGCUCUCCUCUUAUCCUGGUUUCAGCCACAAGUGUGUCACCUGUCAGCUAUGAAAUAAAAGAAGGAAAUGGGGAUGGUGUAUUCUCUAUGAAUUAUCAAUCCGGCCUUAUUUCCACUCAGAAGAACUUAGAUUUUGAGCAGGUCUCAUCUUACCAGCUGAAAGUCCGAGGCACCAACAUGGGAGGAGCAUUUACGGACGUAACAGUGCUUAUCUACGUCAUGGAUGAGAACGACAAUGCACCUGCCUUUGUUAAACCUUCCUUCGUCGGCUGGAUCACCGAGAAUGCUCCAUCGCAAAGCAUGGUUAUGGAUGGAAACAAUGCCCCACUGGUAGCACAUGCAACAGAUGCUGAUCAAGAUUCGAAUGCCUUGCUGGUCUAUGAAAUUUUAGAACAGGAGGCACUGAAAUAUUUUAAUAUAGAUCCGAGCAUGGGAACACUUACCACUCGUGCUGACAUCGAUUAUGAGCUCAUCCCAGUUUUCUACUUCAGCAUACAUGUCCGUGACAGGGGCAAUCCCUGUUUAUUUGCAUCCACGCCUGCCAAGGUCAUAGUCCACGUCAAAGAUGUGAAUGACUCUCCUCCAGUAUUUUUAAAUGACACUUAUGAACUUUCUGUCUUGCUGCCUGCCCACCCAGGCAUGGAGCUUUUGGCAGUGCAAGCAGAAGACGCAGAUUCGGAGGUGACUUAUAGCAUAGCGGAAGGCAACCUUGAUAACGCUUUCUCCAUUCACCCACUCACAGGUCUCAUCUCCGUGCUUAAUGCUACCCUCCUGGGAAGUUAUCGUGAGCUCACAGUCAGAGCUGGUGAUGGCUUGUAUAAGAGUACAGCUCUGGUCAGGAUAAAUUUAAUCAAAGCCCAAGUUACUGCCUUAAAAUUUGAUCAGGACUGGUACACAGCAACAGUGCUGGAGAAUUCUACAGAUCAAGAGACUCUCAUUGUUCUUGGAGUCAGGGGGAAUCAACUAAAUGAGCCACUCUUUUAUUCCCUCUUAAAUGGCACGGAGAGGUUCAAAAUGAUCCAGGCGUCAGGAGUGCUGCAGACCAAGCGUGUGGAGUUUGACCGUGAAACACAGGACACGUAUGAGGUUGCGGUGGAAGUAAAAGAUAGUAGAAACCCACCCAGGGUGUCUCAGGCUACAGUCAAGGUUUACGUGGAAGAUGUCAAUGACAAUCCACCACAGUUUGAGAACGUGCCGUAUUACACAUCAGUUCAGGAUGGUACGGAACCAGGCGAUGUCCUUUUUCAGGUAUCUGCCACUGACAGAGACAUAGGAAACAAUGGAGCCAUUACUUAUUCACUAGCAGAGUUCUAUGAGUACUUCUGGAUUGACCCCGACUUGGGGGACAUCUCGCUCAAGAAACCUCUCGAUUAUCAUGCUUUAAAUAAAUACACCCUUAAAGUUAUCGCUAGAGAUGGUGGCGAGCCUCCCUUGCAGGCCGAAGAAGAGAUUUUAAUCACUGUGAGGAACAAAUCCAAUCCUUUAUUCCAAAGCCUUUAUUAUACUGUGAAAGUGCCGGAAAAUAUCCCCCUGUACACACCUAUUCUCCACACGCAGGCUCGUAGCCCCGAAGGCCUGCGACUCAUCUACAACAUCAUGGAAGAAGAGUCCCUUAAACUGUUCAACACGGACUUCAAGACCGGUGUCCUUACUGUCACUGGGCAGCUGGACUAUGAAUCAGAGACAAAACAUACAUUUACGGUGAGAGCCACGGACACAGCGUUGGGGUCCUUUUCGGAAGCCACGGUGGAAGUGGAGGUGGAGGAUAUUAACGAUAACCCACCUGUAUUUUCUCAGAUGCUUUACACAGCAUCUGUCUCAGAAGGCUUGCCAGCUCAGACCCUCGUUGUCCAGCUCUUUGCUUCUGAUAAGGAUUCAGGACGAAACAAAGUAAUUUCCUAUCAGAUUUUGGACGACAGUUCAGAUGCUACCAAGUCCUUUGAUAUUGACCCUAACACAGGAGAAAUCACAACGGCCCACGUGCUGGAUCAUGAAACAAACCACCAGUUUCUCAUGAAAGUAAGAGCUACAGAUCACGGAAUGCCCCCACUUAGCAGCGAAGCCCUGGUAAUCAUUGACGUGGCAGACAUAAAUGACAAUCCCCCUGAGUUCAGCCAACCUCAGUAUGAAGCCAAGGUGAGUGAAAUGGCCACCUGUGGCCACACUGUCAUAAAGGUCCAGGCCCUGGACCCUGACAGUGGAGACAUCACCAGACUGGAGUAUGUAAUACUCUCAGGCAAUGACAAAAGACAUUUUGCCAUCAACAGCACUUCUGGAAUAAUUUCCAUGCUCAACCGCUGUAGAAAGGACCUUGAGUCAUCUUACAACCUCAAGGUCUCUGCUUCCGAUGGGGUUUUCAAGACCACUGUGCCCGUGUACAUCAAUACCACCAAUGCAAAUAAAUACAACCCCUCUUUUUGGCAAAAUGUGUAUGAAGCAGAGCUGGCUGAAAAUGCCGAGGUAGGAACCAAGGUGAUUGAGCUUCUGGCUAUUGACCCAGACGAUGGCCCAUAUGGCACUAUAGAUUAUACUAUCAUAAACAAACUUGCCCAUGAGAAGUUCUCCAUCGACAAUAAAGGCCACAUUGCCACGCUGCAGAAGCUGGACCGGGAAAAUUCCACUGAGCGAGUCAUUGCUAUUAAAGUCAUGGCAAAGGAUGGGGGCGGGAAGGUGGCUUUCUGCACAGUCAAGAUAAUCCUUACAGACGAGAAUGACAACCCGCCUCAGUUCAAAGCCUCCGAAUACACCUUGUCCAUUCAGUCCAAUGUAAGCAAAGGCUCCCCAGUCAUUCAGAUCCUAGCUUAUGAUGCCGAUGAAGGUGGGAAUGCAGACGUCACCUACUCCGUUGAUUCAGUGGAAGGCAUUGCGGAGGAUCUUGUUGAGAUCAGUGCUGCCACUGGGGUUGUUAAAGUCAAAGAGAGCCUCAUUGGGUUAGAAAAUAGAGCAUUUAACUUUAAAGUCAAAGCUGAAGACAGCCGACCCCCUCACUGGAACUCUCUUGUCCCCGUGAAUCUUCAGAUUGUCCCCAGAGAAGUGUCCUUGCCAAGGUUUUCUGAGCCACUGUAUACGUUCUCAGCAUCUGAGGAUCUUCCAGAAGGUUCAGAAAUAGGGUCAGUGAAAGCUGUGGCAGAGGAGCCCAUCAUAUACAGCCUGGUGAAGGGAACCACCGCUGAAAGCAAUAAGGAUGAGGUAUUCACGCUGGACAAGCAAACGGGGGCUUUGAAAAUCAAGAAGGCCGUGGAUCACGAGAAGACCAAAUGGUACCAGAUUGAUGUCAUGGCUCAUUGCUCACACCAGGGGACCGAGCUGGUCUCGUUGGUCUCCGUAAGUAUCCAAGUGAAAGAUGUCAAUGAUAAUAAACCAUUUUUUGAGGCAGAUCCCUAUCAGGCUUUUGUCACGGAGAACAUGCCAUCAGGAACCACAGUAAUUCAAGUUACCGCUAAUGACCAGGACACAGGGAGCGAUGGGCAGGUGACCUACAGCCUGGAAGCAGAACCUGGCAACAUCAGAGGACUCUUCACCAUUGAUGGUGAGAGUGGGUGGAUCACGACACUGAAAGAGCUGGAUUGUGAAGCUCAGGAGACCUACCGUUUUUAUGUCGUAGCCACAGACCAUGGCAGGAAAGUCCAGCUGUCUUCCCAAACUUUGGUGGAGGUCACCAUCUCCGACGAAAACGAUAAUGCUCCACAGUUCACCUCAGAGGUCUACAAAGGUUCGGUGACUGAGAACGCUGAUCCUGGGCAGAUCAUUGCCACGCUCAGAACCACAGAUGCUGAUAUCUCAGAGCAGAAUAGACGCGUCACAUGUUACAUAACUGAAGGAGACAUGUUAGGACAGUUCAGUGUUAAACAGGUUAAGGAAGACUGGAAAAUCAUUUCCAAGAAGCCUCUUGACAGGGAAGAUAUAGAGAAAUAUCUCCUCAAGGUCACAGCAUCCGAUGGGAAAUUUCAGGCCGUCACGGAAGUGGAGAUUUUUGUCCUCGAUAUCAAUGACAACGACCCUGAAUGCAAGCAGAUUCUCUACACAGGGAAAGUCUCUGAAGAUGCACUCCCUGGGUUUUUCAUUUUGAAAAUAUCAGCCACUGACUCUGAUGUUGGCAGCAAUGCACAGAUAACAUAUAGUCUGCAUGGUCUUGGUGCCGAGGAGUUCAGACUGGACCCACAGACAGGGGAGCUGACCACUUCUGCACCUCUAGACCGGGAGCAGAAACCUACGUACCAUCUUGUCGCCAAGGCAACAGAUGGUGGAGGCCGUUCCUGCCAGGCAGAUAUAACCCUAGUCAUAGAGGAUGCGAACGACAACGCUCCAAGGUUCUUUCCCAGUCAUUUUGCCGUAGCUGUCUUUGAUAACACCACAAUGAAGACACCCAUUGCAGUGGUCUCUGCCAGGGAUCUCGACGAAGGCUGCAAUGCAGAAGUGAUCUAUUCUCUCACUGACUCAGCGGAUGAAUACUUUUCAAUCGAGGAGACUACUGGGGUAAUCCGGCUAGAGAAGCCCUUAAAGGACACUCAGAUUUCAGCGUUUGAGCUGACAGUUUGUGCAACAGACCGGGGCUCCCCGCGCCCCCUCUCCGCUCUCACCACCGUCACUGUCUCUGUGGUGGAUCUGACCGAAUACCUGCCUGUUUUCCUGAGCACCGAAUAUGUGGCCACGGUCACCGAAGACGUGGCCGUGGGCACUGAAGUCCUCAGCCUGUCCAUGCUGACGAGGGAUGGCUCUGAGAACAUGGAGAUCAAGUACGAAAUCGUGAAUGGGAAUGAUCACGGGAAAUUCCAAAUCAACUCAAACACAGGUAUCUUGUACGUUAGCGGGAGCCUGGAUUUUGAAGUGAGCCACGAGUAUUACUUAUCGGUUGAGGGCACAAGGAAGGGCUCUGCUUCUCUCAGUGACGUCACCAUGGUGGUGAUUAAUAUCACCGACAUCAAUGAUAACAUGCCAAAGUUCACCCAGGAUCCUUACAUCACUGAAAUCCGCGAGGAUGCAGCUGUUGGGGAAACUAUCCUUACGGUGUCAGCUGAUGACCUGGAUGGGGCGAUGAACAAUCAGAUCACAUACUCCAUUGUGGGAGGGAACCUCCUGGAACACUUCACCCUCCAUCCCAAGAGCGGACAGAUCUGUAUUGCCAAGCACCUGGACCGGGAGGAGGUUCCCAGCUAUGCCCUGACGGUCCGAGCCACAGACAGCGGCCAGCCUGCACUGUUCAGCGACGUUGCCGUGCGCGUCCGGGUGACGGACGUCAACGACAACCCACCCAGGUUCUUCCAGCUCAAUUACAGUGUGGUGGUGCAGGAGAUAGCCCCAGUUGGCACAAGUGUCCUGCAGCUGAUCAUGAGUGACAGAGACUCCCCUGAGAACGGGCCGCCAUAUUCAUUCCAGAUCACCGAGGGAAACGACGGGAAAGCCUUUGAUGUCACCCAGGAUGGUCUGCUGGUGACCUCAUCUGUUCUGGAUAGAAGAACAAAAGAGCAGUAUCUCCUACAGGUCCAGGUCUCAGACAGCGGCAUCCCUCCUCUUUCGUCCUCUGCCUUUGUAAACAUCCAAGUGAGUGAGCCGAGCCAAUAUGCGCCCUCGGCGUUGCCCCUGGAGGUGUUCAUCACUACUAAUGAGAGCGCCUUCCGAGGCGGUGUUCUCGGCAAGAUCCAUGCCACGGAUCGAGACCCCCAUGACACCCUGGUGUACACCUUGGCAGCAGAAGUACCCCAAGAGGGGCACUUCUCAGUGGGGGCAACGGAUGGCAAAAUCAUCGCUGGCGAGAAGCUUCCCCAUGGCCACUACGCCCUGAACGUGACUGUCAGCGAUGGCACGUUCAAAACCACCACCACCAUCAACGUCCAUGUGUGGUGCUUCAGUCAGGAGGCGCUGGACAAGGCCGUGGUGUUACACUUCCAGCACCUCUCCCCUGAGGAGUUUGUGGGUGACCAUUGGCGCAACUUGCAAAGGUUUCUGGGAAACACCCUGGUCACAAGACGUCAGAACAUCCACAUGGCCAGCCUACAGCCCACGGCAGCCUCUAACGGCGUGGAGCUCCUCUUGGCUGUCGGAGAGUCCCCCGGUGCCUUCUAUGAGCCCCGCGUCCUAGCAAACAAGAUUUCUCUGUUGGCUGGGGAGAUGGACCAGCAGGUGGGGCUCCAGCUAAAGAAGGCCAUUCACGUGCCAUGUCAUGGGCCAGCUUGUGCCCGGCGUGUCUGCAAGGAGACAAUUCAGCUGGACCCGGGCAUGGUGUCCACCUACAGCACUGCCCGACUCAGCGUUCUCACGCCCCGGCACAGCUUGGAGCAAAUUUGUUCUUGCAAUGGCACGGCUGUGAGAUUCAGUGGGCACAGCUACAUCUGGUACCAUCACCAGGAGAGAGGGGACUGGCAGAUGCAGUUCCGCCUGAAAACCCACCAGCUGCACGGUGUUCUGCUCUUCGUCAAUGGGACCAACGCUGCUGUUCUGGAGCUCAUUAAUGGGGUGCCUCAUCUCGGACACCGAUGCCGUGGCAAUAUCAACGGGAACCUCUCCUCCCUGGGUUUUGUGAGCGACGGAGAGUGGCACUCGGUCCUUCUGGAAGUGAAAAGCACAUCCCUCCGCUUGCUCGUCGACAGCUUGGGAAAUACGUCUCUCCGGCUGCCCGGGGCCUGCAGCAUCUCCCCUUCCAGGAGAGAUCUGCUCUUCGGGGGGAUCGUCCAGUCCCGACAGCCCCAGCGGGUCACUCGGGGGUUUAGAGGUUGCCUGGAUGCGGUCAGAAUUGACAGCGAAGACGUGAUGCUCCUGCCUGGGGACAGCCAGGUGAAGGGGAUUGUGGAGGAGGUGGGGAUAAAACAGUGCUGCCCGCACACCGGCGCCUGCAGCAGCAACCCCUGCCUCAAUGAGGGGAUGUGCGCCGAGACUCACGGAGGAGGUUACACUUGCAUCUGCCCGGUGCUGUUUUCUGGCGACCGCUGUGAGCUGGGGGACAGCCCGUGUGAAUCCAAGCCCUGCUUGCAUGGGGGCACCUGCCUCCUCUCCGAAACAGGCUACACCUGCCGCUGCCCCGAUUGGUACCUGGGGGACAGGUGUGAGAAGGUGGCUGAGGAAUGUCAGGACAACCCUUGCCGGAACGCGGGGCGCUGUGUGAACGCCGGCGGCUCUGUCAGCUGCAUCUGCACGGGGGAGUAUCAGGGGGCAUUCUGCACGCAGAGGCUCGUUACCCCCGACAUCGCGCCCGCCAAGUGGGGGAUGGGUCCUGAGGAGAUCGGCGAGAUUGUUGCUGGGGUGCUGGGCGUCGCCAUCCUGGCGGUGGCCUUCGCCUUCAUCCGCAGGCGUUACUGCCGCCCCGCCAAGGCUCACAAGCCGGUGGCCAGCGAGGACCCAGACCUGCUCUCCAAAAGCGAGUUCUCCAAGAGCGUGGGGGUGGCCACGCACGCCCCGCCACCCAUCGAGCUCAACAUCCUCAGCAACGGCCCGCACAACAACCUGGACAGGGGCACGCCGGAGCAGCGCAAGCCCAUCCCCAUGCCGGAGUUCGUCACCUUCAGCUCGGGCAAUGCCCAGAAACCCCGGGGCACCAUCGUGUGCAGCGUGGCCCCCAACCUCCCGUCGGCCGUGCCCUCCUCCAACUCCGACAACGAGUCCUUCAUCAAGAGCUCCUGGGCCAGGGAGCAGAUGGUAUAUCCAGCAGAAACCACCUACUGGCCUCCCAGGUACCACCCAUUGGAUGUCCAGGACCAUCCCCACUACGACGUUAUUCAAGGCCCUCUUCUGCCAUCUUCCCAUCCUCCUCCUCCCCAAAUAGACUCUGAACCAGCUGGUCUUUAUGGUGGCUUUCCCUUCCCACUAGACCAAAGCAAUAAGCGGGCCCCCAUCCCUCCACGCUACAGCAACCAGAACCUGGAGGACUUCCUGCCACCUGACCCUAUGGAACUGCCCGCCUCCCAGUGCCAGAACGAGUACACCGCCAUCAGCUACUAUCCUUCCCAGCUGCUGCAGAGCGAGGGGACCCCCUAUCCUCCGGACGCUGGCUACAAAAGGGUGAGCAUGCGCCUCAGCGUGGCCCAGCCAUCCUACGCAGACUGCGAGGUGGGGCACCAGCCCGGCAUCAGGGCCCAGCCAAUGCCACCCCCAAACUACGAGGGCUCUGACAUGGUGGAAAGUGACUAUGGGAGUUGCGAGGAGGUGAUGUUUUAAUGGGGCCGUGUGCUCAAAACGAGAAGGAAGCAGCGUGAGCGGUGACUGGAACGUGUAUGGAGGGAGAAGUAACCUUGUUUUAGUCCCCUCUCUCCUGGGACAUACAACGCUCCCUGUCCCCCAUUAACAGCUUCCCCGUGCUCAGUCGGGCUGUAAUAUAGCAUGGACUCUUGUCCCUGGCGUUCUAUAAAUCGAUCCUGCUGCUGCUCUGGAAUGGAUCUCAGCCGGGCAGAAAACACAAAGGCCAGUGCCAGGGAACACAAAGGGAAUUCCUCAGAUGCCAACAGGCGCUGAUGGCAAGUCAGUCUUCAUGCCAACAGCUUCCUUAGACAUGGAGGCACCACCUCUCCCUGCCCUGGGCAUGGAGCCUGGCAGCGGGAGAGAGGACCACGGAACUUUGGGACAGUCCGUUGCCAGGGUAGCAGAAGGUGGGACUGGAUUGGUUCCUCACUGUAGUCCAGGGAGAUCUGAGCUACAUCUCUGAGGGGUCUCUUGUGCCUGGCUCCAAGGGCUUCAGGUGGGCUAAUAAUUCUCCAAGCAGAACGGUGGAGUUUUGACGACAGCCUGCCCCCGAUUCCGUCCAUCCUCCGGGCUGGCGCCCCUCAUGGCCAUGAGGGGGAGAGAGAAGGGGGAAUUUAGCCGUUACAUUAGUUCAUUCCUGGGCUUGUCUCCCUACAACUGUAAAGAGCCCAGAAAAAUGUCCAUUUCUACAGGAGAAACUGAGCAAAGAAUCCCGCCUCCCUAACCCACAUCAUGAGGUACCACAGGUUGCUGGCAGGAGAAGGCACAAGAUAUACAGGCAGGCCUGAAUUCAAAGUAGGUAGGUGUUUGACUGGACAAUGAUUUCAGCACCUUCCCAUCUGGAAAUCUGCCAGGCUACAUCUGUACCGCAAGUGUUACCGGUCAUCUAUCCACAUCUACAGCAUCCCUCGUGCUGGGGACAUGGCUCCAUUGUCGUCAUAUAAAGGGGGAUUCUUCAUAAAGGCUGCUGGGUACAGAGGGGAACCUGAGGUUCUCGCUGGCUCUCUCAUGCCCAGACUCAACACAGCCUAUGCUGCCGAGCAUCUCCACCCAGGGGCUGCCCAAGUCCUGGCCUGGGGAUCAGGGACCCAGAAAGAACUGCUGCCGACGCUACAGCAGCUCACUAUGUGCAAUGACCCACAGACAUGUGAAUGCGCGUCCUGUGCGAGUGUGUGUGUGCGCGUGUCAAUGUGUGUAUGUGCAGCCGUGAAUAUCCGCACGGGGGAGGAGACUGUGCGCUCGUUCCUCCCAGGUCCCCUCCCGGCGAGAGAGGAUUAUUUAAGAUGGGAUUCGCCUGGAUCUCCUUGUGCUUGGGAAUGGAUAGUUUCUCGGAGAGAGUUUAUCUUUUUUUGUUUGGCCGGUUUUUGAAAGCAAUUAAAAAAGAGGCGGUUUUGUAUUAUUAUUUUAC